GGUUUUAAAUGCUAGGGGAACUGCUCCUAUAAUCUCAUAAACCUGCAUUAGUUCCCAGCUCCUCUUUUGAGCUCUGAAGCUUAUGAUGAGGAUCUAUAUCCAUCUUUCUGUCCUUCUUUUGUCACUAAGCCACGGACUGGAAUGGGCCAAUGCUAAUGGCGGCAGCACUUCUAACUCACCAACCACCAUCGAUGUUGGCGUCAUUUUGGAUAUGGGCUCAUGGAUUGGGAACAUUAGCUGGAGCUGCAUCUCAAUGGCAAUAGACGACUUCUAUGCGGCACACCCCAACUACAGCACAAGAUUGGUCCCCCACCGCAGGAACUCAGGGGAUGAUGUUGUAUCUGCUGCAUCCGCUGCUCUUGACCUAAUUAACAACGCUCGAGUGCAAGCUAUCAUUGGUCUGCAAACUUCUCUACAAGCUAAGUUUGUGGCAGAACUUGGGACCAAAGCUCAGGUUCCCAUCAUCUCUUUCUCGGCAACAUGCCCUUAUCUCUCCUCCCCACGAACGCCGUACUUCGUUCGAACUGCAUUGAAUGAUUCCACUCAAGCAACAGCCAUUGCUGGACUCAUCCACUCAUUUGCAUGGAGAGAAGUGAUUCCCAUAUUUGAGAACUCUGACUACGGGAAUGGAAUCCUAUCUUUCCUCAAUGAUGCCUUACAAGAAAUAGGUGCCCACAUUCCCCACAGCAGCAUGAUUUCAGUUCCAGCGACCGAUGAUCGGAUACAAGAAGAGCUCCUCAACUUAAAAACCAGGCGAACAAGGGUCUUUAUCGUGCACGUGUCGCACUCUCUUGCUUACCGUCUUUUUCUGAAGGCCAAAGAGGCAGAUAUGAUGAGUGAAGGCUAUGCUUGGAUCAUGACCUAUGGCUCAACAGCUUACUUGAAUUUAAUGGAUUCCUCCACUAUUGAUGCCAUGCAAGGUGUACUGAGCAUCAACCCAUAUGUGCACGAGUCUAAAAAGCUCGACAAUUUCAAAUCAAGAUGGAAGAAGAGAUUCUACCAAGAAAACCCGAGUGUUAAAGCAGCAGAACCUGGUGUAUUUGGUUUAUGGGCAUAUGAUACUGUGUGGGCUCUAGCAAUGGCUGUAGAGAGUGCUGGGAUGGGAGGCUCUAUCAAUCAGAAGCCGAACAUGGCUAACUCCACAACCGACUGGUUCAGACUUGGAUUCUCAUCAAAUGGUCCCAAACUUCUCGAAUUGAUAUCAAAUACAAAGCUCAGCGGAGUAAGUGGGAAGUUUCAUUUGGUAGACGGGCAGCUUGAGUUGACGGGAUUUGAGAUAAUCAAUGUGAUUGGGAGUAGGAGGAAAAGGAUUGGAUUCUGGACUUCGGGUUAUGGAAUCACUAAAAGCAUGGAUUUUAAGGCCAGUCUUAGUGGCAUUGUGUGGCCUGGAGACACGAUGAUCGAGCCGAAGGGUUUGGAUUGGCAGACGAGCAAGCAAAGGAUUGGUAUUCCGGUGAAAUCCGGAGGCUUCAGCGAGUUCAUCAAUCAGGAGUGGAAUCCCCUCACCAAAAGAAAUGCAAGUGGGUUCUCCAUCGAAGUGUUUGAUAUGGUGAUGGCGUCACUGCCUUAUGCUGUGCCUUAUGAGUACAUUCCCUAUGCGGAUGCUAAGGGAAGGAUGAAGGGGAGUUAUGAUGAUCUUGUCUACGAGGUCUACCUUAAGAAUUUCGAUGCAGUGGUGGGCGAUGUGACGAUCACAACAAACCGAUCGGUGUAUGUGGAUUUUACAGCACCUUACACCGAAAUGGGGAUGUCGAUGGUGGUGCCGAUCAAGAAUGACCGAAAGAGUGCAAUGUUCUUCUUCAAGCCACUGACAACAAGCCUUUGGUUGGUAAGUGGAGCAUUCUUCAUCUUCAUAGGAUUUGUGGUCUGGGCUUUGGAACAUGGCAACAAUGAAGAGUUCAAGGGGCCUCUGCGCAAUCAAGUUGGCACAGUCUUCUACUUUUCCUUUUCGACACUGGUUUUUGCACACAGAGAGAAGCUACUUGGUAACUUCACGAGAGUUGUAGUCGUCGUUUGGGUUUUUGUGGUGUUCAUUUUAACGUCGAGCUACACCGCAAGCUUAUCCUCAGUGCUUACUGUGCAACAGAGUACUCCUGUCACCGACGUAAAUGAGAUAAUAAGGAAUGGGGGUUCCAUUGGCUACAUGGGGGACUCCUCCAUGCUGGGACAAUGGAAAAUCCACAAGUCCAAACUCAAGGCCUACAAUUCUACUGAGGAGUAUGAUGGGGCCCUAUCUAAAGGAAGUUCUGAAGGUGGUGUUUCUGCCAUUAUUGCAGAGAUCCCUUGCAUUGAAGUCUUCCUCUCCAAACUAUGUCACAAAUACGUUAGGGCCGGACCAGUUUACAGAACUGAUGGGUUUGGUUUUGUCUUUCCUAAGGGAUCACCCCUGGUCCCUGAUAUAUCAAUAGCAAUUUUAAAGAUGACUGGUGACAUCGAACAGAUGCUUUACAGGAACAGGACUUUUUGUCCUAAUGAUAGUAGCAUGGCCACUUCAGAAAUCCUUUCACUUGAUGACUUCUGGGGUCUUUUCCUCACUGCUGGAAUUCUUUCCACAGCAGCUUUAGCAAUCUCCAUGGUUUGCUUCGUCUACGAUCGUUGGCACUUUUAUGGCGCAAGAAUUGAUGGAACUUCGAUAUCAGGAAGGCUUGUGAGCAUUUCAAAGUUGUAUGGAAUUUGCUCAUCUUUUGCCAUCAGGAAGAGUGAACAAAGUGUCUUAAGGUUGACUGAUGAAGGUAAUGCAGGAUGUCAUAAUGAUGAUGCGGAACAGCGGAGCCCAUCAAGCCCUUCGGACCGCAUGUGUGGAAACUCUGGUCAAGCGGAAGGAACAACUGAGAGGGACAUUACUGUUCAUAUCCAAGAUCAACCAGCAUCUGUUGAGAUUGUGGAUGAAACCAGUCAGUGA